AUGUCUGACGCGCAAACCUAUAAAUUCAACGUUGCAAUGUCCUGCGGCGGCUGCAAAACCUCGGUAGAGAAUGCUUUGAAGAAAGUUGAAGGCGUUGAAAGCGUAGACGUAAACCUCGCGGACCAACUUGUCAUUGUUAAUGCUACUAUUGCACAAGAGGACGUUUUGGAGACUAUUAAGAAGACUGGAAAGAAGGUUACUCCAUUGAUAAUAAACUGUGGGAUGUUCAAAUCAUGUGACCUUCUAGAUGCAUCCGAACAUCGGGAAGUCUACGAACAGUGCUAA